AUGGCUGAGGUGCCAGGAGACAAAGUGGAGGUAAACGCCGGUAAAAUAGGGUCGGGUCCAAGUAAAUCGGUCGUUGGAGAUGGGGCGCCGGCGAGAGUGCGGCUGUUGGAGGUGUUGCCGGAGGGCUGGCCGGAUGCCGGUGGAGGGUCGCCGCCAGUCGCCGAUGUUCUGCCGGAUUUCGCUUGUUGGCAGUUAAUGGAUAGGAGGUUGGGCAGGACGAUGACGGGCUGUGAGGAGGUUAGUAUUUACCUCUCGUUUAGUGCAUUCCCUAGAAAAAAAAGCUCCGGGAGGAUGUCGACGGAGUCUAGCAUAGUCCGUCCUCUAGCCAUCUCCAUGGAAAUCACUAUUCUCAAGCCUCAAUUCAGUUUCUUCAUUCGAGACCGGAGUUGCCCUUCUUUGAGAUUAUCCAGAAAUUAUGUUUCGUUCAAACCUGUAUCGUCAGAUUUCAGCAGAAGGCAGUUUUCUUCAUCAAGACAUGUAUUGUUGAACAAAAACAAGGGGCUUCCCUUAAUCGAUAGCCAUUCAAGAAGCUCCUGUAUUCGGGCUGCAUCGACAGAGUCCACAAAUUACGAACAAUAUAUAGACUCAUCUGGAGGCGGUGACCGAGCUUUUGAAGUGAAUGGCUUUGGAAAUUCAGAGCUUUUAGAACAGAAAUCUAAUGCAUACAGGAGUAGGUUUCUUAAUAUUGUAAAAAUUAGCUCCAUCAUUAAUGAUAAAGCUGAAUCCUUUUUCAAGAGUGAGAUAAGGAGGAGGCUGUUUGUGACCGCUGUCUUGUUAGUUAUUAGUCGUCUGGGCUAUUUUAUUCCUUUACCUGGAUUUGAUCGGAGACUAAUGCCCGAAAAUUAUCUCGGGUUCAUAUCGGGAUCUGUUGAUGAGCUUGGUGAUUUUGCCCCUGAACUUAAGCUAUCUUUGUUUCAGCUUGGCAUUGGUCCUCAAAUAGGAGCUUCGAUUAUUAUGCAGGUACUUUGCCACGUCAUCCCUUCCUUAGUGAAGCUGCGGAAAGAAGGCUUAGAUGGUCAUGAGAAGAUCAAGAGUUAUAUAUGGUGGAUCUCUCUGGGAAUUGCUGUGGUGGAGGCUUUAGUUAUCUCUUUAUAUUCACUCCCUUAUUCUAUUUAUGCAGCCAGUCAUAGGGUAAAACAUGUUAUGAUUACAUCUUCGCUUCUGGUUUGUGGUGCAAUGGCUAUGAAUUGGAUUUGUGAACAAAUAUCAGAGUCUGGAUUUGGUCAAGGGUCAUCUUUAAUUAUAUGUGUCAGCAUUUUGACUGGCUACACCGAAACAUUGCAUAAGAUGUUAACUCAGCUCUCAGGAAGUACUCUGAGCUGGUGGCCUUAUGUACUUGCGGUUUUUGGCGUUUUCACUAUGGUGACUAUGUGGGCCGUUGUUGUAACUGAGGGUUGCAGGAAGAUCAAGUUGCAAUAUUACGGGUUCAAACUUGCCUCUGCAGCUAGAGAAGAUUCUCCCAUUACUGAGGUGGAGCCAUACAUUCCUUUCAACAUAAAUCCUGCUGGGAUGCAACCUGUGCUCACCACAUCUUAUCUCUUGGCAUUUCCUACGAUUGUUGCAAGUCUUAGUGGCUCGCGUUUUUGGGAACAUUUGAGAGAUAUCCUGAAUCCAGAUACACACAGUGGGGCAGCGCCUUGGGUUUACUACUCAAUUUAUGCGUUUUUUGUGUUCCUGUUCAACAUAUUUGACAUUGCAAAUAUGCCGAAGGAAAUAUCUGAUUAUUUAAAUAAGAUGGGCGCAAGAAUCCCGAAUAUAAAACCGGGACAAUCCACCAUUGAGUAUUUGACGAAGAUCCAAGCUUCAACACGUUUUUGGGGUGGUAUAUUGCUAAGUGUUUUGGCCACUACCUCUUCUAUUCUAGACCAUAAUUUAAGGCGUAUCAAUGAGGGAUUCUCCAUAGGGUUCACAUCAAUUUUGAUCAUUGUGGGCUCAAUCAUCGAGUUGCGAAGAUCGUACCAAGCCUACAAUGUGAUGCCAAGUCUUAGUAAAGCAUUAAGGCGUAUGGACUAUAAUCAAGCAAGUACCUGUUAACUGAUCUUCAGGAAUAGUUGUGCUUAGUUACUAGUUAAAGGUAUAAAAUUGUCAAAACUCGAAAGGCAAUUAUGGCAAAGAAAUAAAAACUGCGAAUCUCAUUUUGAGUUUGUAUGGCCUUUCGAUAUUGUGUUGUAGUUUAUAAAACAAAUAGAUCGGUUUUCUGUAAACAGUGACUCAUUGUGGCUCGAGUUCGGCUUCGCUUGAUAAAGGCUCAAGCCCGUAUCAGGAGUUUGAGCUGGGGUCGCCAAAUAUUUUGGCAUUUAACGAGUACUUUUAUCUUUUUCAUUUCUUGUGAUACAUUUUGAUUUGCUUAUUAGUGGAAAACUGAACCCGAAAUUAUAGAUUCAAUUGGAGAUAUGGAGCACAACACUUGAUUUAGAGAAAUUAUUAGAAAAAAUUUAAAGUGUUUAGGUGAAUUUUCUUCAUGACUAAUCAAUUAUUUUCUUGAUUAUAUAGUGACAACAAACAAAAUGCAGCCCAAAUUAGAACAAAAGCA